AUGUGCCCGUCCUGGAACAGGAAGCCUUGGUGCCCGUGCUACGAGUUCGACAGCGACGUAUUUCUCGAGUGCAACUCGGUCACGCCUGACGAAAUACGGAGUACACUGCUUGAAAUUCACAGCCCCGUCAAGAUGCUCAGCAUAUACAACUUGCAGUCCAACAUCACCACUCUGCCAGCCGGAUUCUUUGUGAACAGGACUAUUUCGCGAUUGUUCGUGUCAAAUACUCAGCUUGAGAACGUCGAAGAGGGCGUUUUCGAGGGUCUGGAAGACUUCCUGGAAACCUUAUCACUAACGCAGAGCAAACUGAAGCACGUUCCAAAAGGAGCAUUGAAAGACCUCAGAUCCCUUCGGUCUCUGGAGCUAAGUUCAAACAACAUCGCUUCACUCGAAAGCUAUGUGUUCUACGGACUUCAGCUGACAAACCUACAGCUUUCAAAGAACAACAUUACCGAUGUCACGGAAUACGCAUUCGGAGGGCUCGAGAACAGCCUCGAGGAACUGAAUUUAAUAGACAGUGGUCAAAAAGAGUUUCCAUUAAACGCCCUCAGAAGGCUUCGAAGCCUGAAAGCACUGAGACUCGCUGAAAAUGAAAUCAAAGAAAUACCCGAUGACGGUUUCACUAGGUUCACUGCAUUACAACGCCUAGACCUAAGUUCAAAUCGCAUCCGUGAACUGAACGAGAGAAGCUUUGUGACCAUGCCGCGACUCAAUUCACUGUCGCUUCACAUGAACCAGCUGAGUGAUUUAGAUGACUCGUGCUUCAUCCAUCUUCUAGAGCUGGAAGCACUGGACCUCAGUCAGAACAUCAUUCACACUCUCGGUCGCAAAGUCCUGGCACCUCUCAGAAGGCUACGAACCAUCGAACUGAGUUCCAAUCACCUGCACAGCAUAGAAAGUGGCACAUUCCGAAACAUGACUCAUCUUCGUGAAGUCCUUCUCACUAACAAUAACAUCUUGAGGAUAACAAACGAUACGUUUUUGAACUCGUCCCAAAUAUCGGCUCUCUUUCUCGCGAACAAUGCCAUCACCCAGAUUGAGAUCGCUGCCUUUUAUCCGCUGCCGCAUUUGUUUCAGCUGCAUCUUUCUCACAACCAGCUGCGCUCGAUACAUACGACCAUGUUCAAGAACAACCGCGAACUGCGUUCUCUCUCUCUAGACAGCAACCUGAUAGCCGACCUCCUUCCCGGGACCUUUCAAGAACUCGUGGAACUACGGGACCUCAGACUGGAAAACAAUUUGUUGAAGAAAAUACGCAAAGGAGUUUUUUAUUCGCUGCCGAAUUUGCAAGAACUGCACCUCCAGUUCAACCGAAUCGAGACAAUCGAAAAUGAAGCUUUUCAGAGCCUCGCGAACUUGCAGCACCUUAAUCUUCACGGCAAUAGGCUGACCGACGUAGGCGACAUUUUGAGCCGGUACCCAUCCAGCCUACGUUCUUUGAUCCUGACACAAAACGAAAUCAGCAACAUGCACACGGACAGUAUGAGUGGUCUAAACAAAGUAGAUAUUCUGUGGCUAGAUUGGAACAAACUCAAGAGAAUAAAGAAGCAGAUAUUCCGUGACCUCAUUGAAGUGGACCGACUCCACUUGAACCACAACGAAAUAAUAGCCAUUGAGGACGGCUCAUUUGAGAGGAUGGUGAAGUUGAGAGCUCUGUACCUGGAGUACAACACGUUGAGCCACGUGAACACGGACAUGUUUCGAGGAGCCGAAAGCCUUGAAGAGCUUUACUUAUCCCAUAACAACAUCAUGGAUAUUGAGCCGCAAACGUUUCAGUCUCUGAAAAAAUUGCGCAUUCUACACAUGUCGCAUAACCAAAUUUACGUGAUAAGAAAGUACAUGUUUGAAGGCCAAAUACCCCUCCAGGAGUUGUUCCUUUCGAGCGUUAUGGCUGAAGACGUAGAAGCAGGAUCAUUCCUUGACCUCUCAUCAUUAACUCAUCUAGACCUUAGUAACAACAAACUAAUUAGUGCUAGGGUUGACUUCUUAUAUCUCCCUAGCGUGAAAGAACUUGAUCUUUCGGGUAAUAACCUUACAGGAGUACAUGAUAACAUUUUUUACGGCCUGUCUUCACUUGAGACGUUGAAUGUUGAGAACACAGAAAUAGGCCCAAUUACUAGUAAACUUUUCGAGCCCCUUUCACAACUGAGGGUCUUGAACGUCAAAGGUAAUGCCUUGGAUUCUUUGGAGGGCACAGAGCUGCGAGGUCUUGUGAAUGUCACGGAACUACAUCUAGACGGAAACAACCUGAGAUAUUUGCCAUUGGUUUCGGAGUCACUGCCGAACUUGCAGUUUUUGUCACUGUCAGAGAACAAGAUAGCCUCAAUACCGAGCAACGCUUUCAAAGGAAACAUCGAGCUUACGAAAAUAAACCUCACCGACAACAUCAUUUCUGGCAUAAGCAAAGGAGCAUUUCGUGGUUUGCCGAGCCUGAAGGCGCUGGAUCUUACCGAAAAUUUGCUUUCAUCAAUCAACUCCUCAAUCACCGAUGACCUUGGAACACUUCAGUCAUUGUCCCUCGAUGGAAACAACUUGACAUUCAUUCCGAAUGCUCUCCUAACAUCUAAUAUGGAAGAACUCACGACGCUAACUAUCAACCGGAACCCUCUAAUCAGAUUUCGCGAAGACUUUACCACUGAAGGAAGUCUGCCCGCACUGAAAACUCUAAGUAUAGAUCACGGCAAUAUUUCCAUCAUCGCGUCCAAUGACUUUUUGGGCUUCCCUUCACUGUCCAUACUCUCUCUUCGGCACAAUAAUAUCGUAAAAGUGUCGCCUGGUGCCUUCAAACCUUUGAAAAAGCUCCAGGUGCUCGAUCUCGGAUACAACGUCAUAGAAAUCUUGCCGUCGGAACGCUUCCAGGGAAUCGACCACCUGCAGGUGAUCAACCUCACGAGGAACAACAUCGCAGACGUGCCGAGAUUCGGCACCGACCUGCAACGUUUGGAGCACCUGGACCUGUCCUUCAACAAAGUUAGCCGCAUUCACGAAGGCGUGUUCAGCAGUGUCUAUGGCCUGAAAGGAUUGUGGCUACGAGACAACCAGAUCGUCUGGAUAGCCGUCAAUGCCUUCGCGAACCUCACGGCACUCGUUAGCCUAGACCUGCGCAACAAUCGGCUCGCUUACCUGUCCAGCUCAGUGCUACAACCCAUUGAGGUGCGCCUCGGAGAGUUGCUUCUUCACGGCAACCCGUUCCAUUGCGACUGCCGGCUGCUGGGUCUGUGGGAGUGGCUGCAAGACCACCCGCGCCUCAACACGCGGCGACCGAGCUGCGCGCAGCCGGACAAGCUGGCAAACCAGUCCGUCGCCUCACUACAUCCGGUCGACUUCUGCCCGGCGCCCCUGAUGACGUCCGCCGAGGUGCGACGCCUCGACCACGACCGCCUUCAGCUCGAGUGGGACGUCCAGAACGGCACACUUAUCGGAGGCUUCCUGGUCACUUACCACGCCACCUCGGAGCCCGCGCCCUCAGCUGGCGCCUCACUCGAGCCGGGCGUGCGUCGCUAUGAAGUGGAUGGUCUGCGCUCUGAAACCUGGUACACAGUGUGCGUAACCGCUACCGGAAAGUACCUGCGAAGCCUCGGUCGCCCCACGCCCUACACUGCCGACGUGGAGCGGCCCUACGACAUGUCCACCAACAACCGCAAGUGUCUACAGGUUCGGACACUGGCACGCACGGACAGAACACGCGUGACUCUGUCUACGCUGGGCAUGAUCCUAGGCGGUAGCGUGAGUGCCGUGCUCAUUCUCGUGCUUGCUGUGCUGCUCACGGCGCUCAAGUUUCGGCGGCGACGUCGGCGUAGGCGUCCAGCCAAGGCGCAAGAAGUUCCUCAGGAGUACAUCUCGUAUCGACAUUUUUCAAUACAAAGCAACGACGGUGUCUACUCCUGACAGCGGGAGCAGCGCCUUGCGCAAGGCGAUAUUGUCAUCGAGUGAUUGUGAUGACCGUACUUCCUUUCCGCCCCGAACAUUGCGGAAGGCCUGAGCGGCAACUCCUCCCAACCGGCUACCAUUUGAGUGCGCACUGGUGUUUGACAGGG